GGGGCGUGGAGCCAAGCAAAGUGAAUGGGAAACACAUUUUUACUGCCUCAGCAGCGCAUGAACCCAACGCUGAACAGAGGCGAUGACAAGGGAAUACAGUUGCGUGUUUAAAAUUACCUGCCGGGGAGAUUACAGAAGAGCUGAAAAAAUCCCGUGGCGUGAACCGAGCUGCGUGUUAAUUCACCCACAGCCUCAGCGUGCAGCAGCUACAGAGAAACAGUCGGUCUCCAAAUAUUAAGGGAUGCGAGGACUUGUCAUUUGAUAAAUACAACACAUUCGUCAUUUUUCCACCCUCGGCAGUGGGGAGGGAAUGUGCUGCCCGGACUGAAUCUGGAUUUGCUGGUGUUUCGGUGUGACUCCCGUGCGUGAAAAUGGGCUUAAUAUUGAGAUAGGGCGUUCAGAAAGUCCACCCUCUUCUCGCCGUGGACAGUCGGCUAACGUUAGCGAGGUUUUUCUAACUGCGGACCUGACAGGUUCGGUUCGGACUGCUGUGUAAGGUGUAGUCCCGGUGCUGUGUUCGCCUUUCAGCGUUUUCUUUUUCUUCUUAAAGAGCUCUAUAUCUGAUGAAAUCUCGCCUGUGUCAUCCAUCCCAGCGCUGUUUAGGGCCUCUGCUGACAAACUGCGUCACCGGGUGGGCGCUGCAGGUAUUCAUCUGCAAGAAAAGAUCUGCAUUUGGAAAUUGAAGCCAUGCCUGGAAGAACCUGGAACCCAAAGUGACUGAACUUUUUAAGUCACCAUGGAGCCGGAGGCUAGCUGUGGGACUCUCCAAGAGCCCAAGCAUUCAUCUGUACCCAAUUCUCAAUGUAAUCUCGCCAUAAAUAUGCAUGGGCUCAUGGGUGAUUCAAAUGUGAAUCUUGAGGACUCUCUAGUGAGAGGUGGAAGUGAUCCUUCUUCUGUUUACCAGAGGAAUGGGCAUCAGAGAUUCAUCAGGAGAAGUCUGUGGUUUUCAGACACGGAUGAGCAGUCCUACGAAGCCCCCGAAACUGAAAACCGGAGCAAAAUCCUGAACAUAAACUUGAGAUCAAUUGUGGACAGGACAAGAGGGACUAGCUGUGGGGUUCAAGAGAGCUCCAGCACUGAAAGCCAGUGUGGGCAAAAAGACAGCGCAACAGAGAGCACCAGUGCGGAUGAGGACAAGGAGAGAGUUGGACAUGCUUUGAAUGUUACUUGCAGUGAUGGCGGUAAAGUUGCUACUAAGGCAGUGAGUGAGGAAAAUGAAGAGGAAGCAGAGAUGAAAGCGGUCUCCACAUCUCCAGGAGGAAGGUUCCUUAAAUUUGACAUCGAGCUCGGGAGAGGGUCUUUCAAAACGGUCUACAAAGGCCUGGAUACCGACACCUGGGUGGAGGUGGCCUGGUGUGAGCUGCAGGACCGUAAGCUGUCAAAAAUUGAACGCCAGCGCUUUAAAGAGGAGGCAGAGAUGUUGAAGGGUCUACAGCAUCCCAACAUUGUUCGUUUCUAUGACUUCUGGGAAUCUCCUCUAAAAGGAAAGAAGUACAUUGUUUUAGUGACAGAGCUCAUGACGUCAGGAACACUAAAAACUUACCUAAAGCGUUUCAAGGUCAUGAAACCCAAAGUCCUGAGAAGCUGGUGCAGACAGAUCCUGAAAGGCCUUCACUUUCUCCACACCAGGACGCCACCGAUCAUCCACAGAGACCUCAAAUGUGACAACAUCUUCAUUACUGGACCGACAGGAUCAGUCAAGAUAGGGGAUUUAGGACUGGCGACACUCAAAGCUGCCUCCUUUGCAAAAAGCGUCAUAGGUACUCCAGAGUUCAUGGCUCCAGAGAUGUACGAAGAGCACUAUGACGAGGCCGUAGAUGUCUAUGCAUUUGGCAUGUGCAUGCUAGAGAUGGCCACUUCAGAGUAUCCCUAUUCAGAGUGUCAAAAUGCUGCCCAGAUUUAUCGUAAAGUUACUAGUGGUGUAAAGCCAGCCAGCUACAACAAGGUUGUGGAUCCUGAAAUCAAGGAGAUCAUUGGCGAGUGUAUAUGUCAAAAGAAAGAGGAACGGUAUACCAUUAAGGACCUGCUGAACCAUGCUUUCUUUGCCGAGGACACAGGUGUGAGGGUGGAACUUGCAGAGGAAGACGAUGGGAAAAAACCCACCAUAGCUCUCAAACUGUGGGUGGAGGACCAUAAGAAGUUAAAAGGAAAGUACAAGGAGAGUGGAGCCAUUGAGUUCACAUUUGACUUGGAGAAGGAGGUUCCUGAGGUUGUGGCACAAGAAAUGGUGGAGUCGGGCUUCUUCCAAGAGAGCGACGCUAAAACUGUGGGAAAGUCGAUCAGAGACCGUGUGGCGCUGAUAAAAUGGAGAAGAGGGAGGACGGCGGCUAUAGUAGCUCCGGUGGAUCAGGGUGACGGAGGCCAGAGGAUUAAUGUGACAUCAUCUGAGGGCGUCGCGGGUGCAGUACCACAUGUUGUACAGCCUCUUGUGGUUGAACCUGAAGACACAGACGCAGAUCAGCACAGCAGGCUACACAACCUGCCAACCAGUACCACUUCAGUGACAUCAGACGGCACACUUGACAGUGGCAUGGGCUCUACUGUGUACUCAGACUGUCAUAGCAGCCAGCAGAGUGUCCUCUACCAGUCCCUACUGGAGCCUAUUACUAUGGCAACACAGCAGUGCCAGAGAUGCAGCCAUUUUCUGACAGACCGACCUCAUUCCUCUGAAAUCAGUGAAGUUUGGCAGACACCACUGAGCCCGCAGCUCAGGGCUCGACUGGGAAGUGCAGAACGAAGGGGAAGUGCCCCUGUUAUUGACAUUCAAAGGGCAAGCCAAAUUGCUCAGCUCCAUGCUUUCAUUCAGGCCCGGAGAUCAGUCAGUCCCAUCCCCGUUGUAAGGGAGAACCUGGUGGAAACCAGCCCCAGGGAAGCCCAUCCUCAGCCUAUCUCUGAAGCUGAGGGCAGGCUUCCCUCCCCAACCACUCUGCCGAUGUUUCAUCUCUCCCCUCUUUCUUCACCUACCGAGUUCCGCCGCCGUAGUGACUCCGGUGUCAGAUCGCCGUCACCAACAGCCAGUGAGAUUUUGACUCUCCCAGUGCAGAGUCCACGCCGACACUCGGACCUCAGUAGUCUUCUUAGUCUAGCGUCUAACGAAAACCAUCUUUCUGCGCUGCAUAGAAGCUCAGAGUGCCAAGCCUGCCUUUCUCUGCUUCUGUUAAAGUCCCAAAAUGGGAACCACCGUCCCUUUACUGCCGUCUCACCAACACAUCACUGUCUAUCUGACAUUCGCCACCAUCCUUUAUCUGGAAAAUUACCUUCCUCUUGCUACGGACAGACAAAAGGAUCAAGCGAUUAUUCAAAUUUUUCCAUGCUGCAGCAGUCCCUGUUUAAUAUAAUCAGCCGUAAAUCAGUUCCUUCUGCCAUCACGCCAUCCCAAACUUUCCCACUGCACUCCUCAACAGCCGGGAGGCCGUCUCACAGUGAUGGAGAAUGUGUCCCAACUAGUCCUCCACAGAGUGACGGCUUAUUUGAAGAGCAUGAAUCUCUCCAGCACUGGAAGGAGAAAUAUUUUUCCAGAAAGCAACAAGCUACCAGUGCUUUUGAAGUGGCCAGUUCUCCAGGUAACCAACACCAGCAGUCUGUCCAGGGCUUGCCCUCGUCCAGCGCAGCCAUGACCGCUCCAGGGCAGCCUCUUCAACCUGGACACAGCUACUCUGCUGCUCUGUAUGCUGCUCACCCCGGCAGCACUACACCCAUCCCAGCCAGUCUAGGCUCAUUAAAUAUCCAGCAGCAAACAUCAGUUGCAGUUACUAAUGCAGCAUCGGCUGUGCCACAACAUUUUGCACAGAGCUAUCAAUCUGCCGGACACCAACAUCAGCCAGCAGCAUCGGGCUCUCCAACUUUUACCCUCCAAGCCCAUCAGGUUUCUCAGAACCUUGUUGCCUCAACUCAGCAACAGGCUGCAUCAAGCUACCCUGCAGUCCAUCAUCAGACUGCAGCAGCCAUCUUUGCAGCACACCAGCCAACGCAAAGCUGCUCUCUUGGCACAGUUUCCUCAUCAAUGGCAGUGACGACCCAUGGCCAAUCUGCACACUCCACUAGCACAUCUCAGCAGACCUCAGCCAAUCAGCAGCCUGGCCAGAUAUCUUCCACACCAGCACUUUACAGUCAGAUAAUUUCUGUUCAACAAAACACCCAGUCAAACAUACAACACACACUAAACGCUGGACAAGUUUAUAAUCAUAGCCAAGAAUCUGUGCAUACCAUCAGCCAUCCAGCGGCUCACCCCCCCACGCUUUCUUCUCAACGACUUCAGUCUCCUACUCACCAGUUGGACGCUCCAGUUCUUUUGCAAAAUGCAGUUCCAGAACAGAGUGAGAAUGAGCCGCAUCCCAAAGGAACCCCAGUUCGACAGAUUCCAGCUGGCAGUCAAAGUUUCUUUGCGUCAGCUGUGCCCGAUGCAUCCUCUCACAGCUAUGCGCAGAACCAGUACCAGCUAGCACCGUGCGUCACUGGAGAAGGAGUUAGUCAAGCAGCAUCAUCUCAGACCUUUCCAGUUUCCACCCAGCAGAACCACAGCACACACAUCCACCAGGAAAAUGUUUCAGCUGGUCAGAGCAUUUCAAAGUCUGGACAAGAUGAAAAAAGCCAUGGACUGAGCCUCAGGCAAUCAGCUUCCAUUGGAUCAAGUCAGACACCAGCUCAUCAGGAAUCAAUGUCCCAAACUGCUGUCCACCAACACCUCCAGCCUCUGCAGAUAUCAGCCUCGCUCCCAUCAUCACAAACAUCACUGUUUCCUUCACAAUACCCCACAGUCCAGGUGGCGACAGCUGUGACUGACUCUGAAUCCGCCUACCUUCCCCCCCGCACUUCUCCUCACCCUUCAUCUUCCUCUUCCCUUACUCACAUCUUCCUCUCUCCUGGAUAUACUGUCCCUGCAACCCCCUCUGUUUCUCCCCUGUCCCCUCUUCACAUUGAAAACACAUUAAUUUCUCCCACCCCAAUGUCUCUUACUGUACCAUCCCCUUCAUCUGUGCUGGGCAUGGUGCAACCUACCUCACCGCAGCACCAAUCUGCAGCUGCUAGAUCUGAGGCUUCUCAGAUGCAGGCUUCGUUUAUAUCAACACUAACUAGUCAUCCCAUGCACACAAACACACACCUACCUGCAAAUGGCAGCUCUCAGCCUCUGAUACAGGUUCCGCAGCAGACGCAGGACGGCCCCAGUACACAGCAGGUUCAGCAAACUCAGCUCAUGCAGCCUGCAGUCUCCUCCUCACCUGUGCAGAAUGAGGCGGAUCUGGGCGCAGCCAUUGCGGCCAGCCAGCUGGACAGCACAAAGUCCUGCCAGAUGCCCCCACAGAGCCAGCAUCAGAGUCGGGGACAGGGCCAAAUUCCUGUGCCGCAGUCUUCUGACUCACAGAAGGCGUCCUCCAGGCCCGCCACUGGACCUGCUUUCCAGCAGAAAAUCCCAGGCACCAUCACAGGAGCGGCAGGUCAAGGGUCAUCAGAGAUUUAUGUGGAGGAGCAAGCGUCAGAGAAACGCACUGGAGGACAGAGCUGUGACAGCAUCAACUCUGAUGUGACAUCGGGAAGAGAAAUGAGCGAUGGCAAUGAAGGGACACAUGGAGGCAAAGGUGAAGGAAAACAGCGUAGACACCGCAAGUCAUCACGCACGCGUUCUCGACAGGAAAAGUGUGGCAAACCAAAGCUGAGCAUGCUCAACGUGUGUAACACUGGAGAUAAGAUGGUAGAAUGCCAACUAGAAACUCAUAAUCACAAAAUGGUAACAUUCAAGUUUGACCUGGACGGAGAUGCUCCAGAGGAGAUUGCUACGUAUAUGGUGGACAAUGAUUUCAUUCUGCCCCUGGAAAAAGAGAUCUUUAUUGAACAAAUGAAAGACAUUGUAGAUAAAGCUGAAGACAUGCUGAGUGAGGACACAGAGGGUGAGAGGAACUCCGACCAGGGGUGUAACAUCAGACAGAAUGAAGGAUGUUGUGCACUGGGAUCAGAGACUUCAGAACCCACCACUCCACAGCUGGUGUAUCAACAAAAUGUCCUACACACUGGAAAACGCUGGUUCAUUAUUUGCCCUGUGGAUGAAACACUCAUGCAGGAUAAAGACAACACAUCAACACACACCUUUACAGCACAAGAGUAUGAAACGUCUGGCUCCCUGUCAGUCGGGUCCAGCAGCGCCACAACUACUUUGACGACCCCUGUCACAUCUUUACCUUCCCAAAGCCCCACCGCCUCCUCUGCCCCCACCUUGGCGCAACCUCCAGACCAAAUUAUCGGAGAAUCCGAGGUCCAGCAGAGCCAGCCUAGUGUUACCAAACGCACCUGCACAACUAGGAGCAUUAACCAUGACAGCUCAUUUCCUGUGGAGGAAUCGUCUCUCUCUGCUGUGUCUAUGGUAGCAGAUAUGCCAUGUUGUGCUAUUGUGCCACCCGUCUCUGUGGAUGCUAAUGUCACUGAUAAAGAAGCGAGAGCUGCUGGUGUACUGAUCUCGUCGCUGAACAAUCAAGCGAAUCAGACGGCCAGCCCGACUGAAGAACAAGCUCCUCAGCUGGCCAGCCAGCAGCCCGUUGUCCUGCAGCAGCCUUACGCCACACCCAUCCAGCCUGGGACCGUGACCUCUCAGCCCCAAAGCCCUGCACAUCAGAUCCCGACUUCAAGUCAGCAGCAGUGUGGCGGGCAAGGUGAGUCGGACGGGGAGGGCCCUCCUCGAGGGGAGUUUGUUGAUCGAACCAUCAAGACUUUGGAUGAGAAGCUCAGAAACCUGCUGUACCAGGAGCACCCCCCCUCACAGCCCUCCAGCACGGCUUCUGAGCCUCAGUCCUCCAGCUCAGACAGACUGAGCUCCCCUCCGGUCUCAGAUGGGCACAGCACAGAGGCCGUCACAAAAAAGAAGAUGGAACCAAUGCCACAGAUUCCUGAGCGGAGAGAUGGCGUGGGUGUGUCAAGCGACUCAGCAGCAGCCGCCUGCCGAACAAAAGACACAAAAACCGAUGUGUCUGCUAGCUCCAGUUCAUAUACAUCCAAAAGUCGUUUUCAAAUCAUCCCCACACCACCUGAUGCCAUUUGCUAUUCAGAUAAAAGCAAAGCGAGCUGCAGCUCUGCAGCACCCUCCAGUGGUUCUGAAGGGUCUCGCAGCCAGACUCAGAGCACUGAAAGAAAAGAAAGCAGCUCUGGGGUGGCUUGCCGGACCUCUGCCACACCUGCACCUGAUAAUGAUGGCACAAGAUCUUCCAAACCCCAAACCGGAAGCCGCUACUCUGCCCCUCCUGAGUUCGCUCACACCACUCCCACCUCAAGUCCCGAUGCAACCCCACGUCACAUCCCACGAGCCCAAACUGUUGACACACCAUCCCAUCGCCACUGUCGGUCUUCAUCUCAGCUUUACUCCGACUCAGGUGAUGAAGACAGCAGCAGCAUAGUGGUUCCUCCAGCUCCAGCUGCUCCGUCAGCUCACAAUCUGACUGAGCACAGCGGAAGCGAUCUCGUCAAGAGGGCUGUCGCCUUCUUGCGGCGCUCCGGACGAAGCAAAAGUGAGCAGAGCUCUGAAUCACCAACCUACCAGACUGUUGCAAUAAAUGGCCACACUCCUUCACCUUCUGUUGGACAUUUCCCCCCCAACAUCAGCAGUGACAAUGACUCAGAGUUUGAGGAUGCGGAUAUGAAGAAGGAGCUUCAGAAACUUAGAGAAAAACACAUGAAGGAGAUCUCUGAGCUGCAGGCAUUCCAGAGGAGUGAGAUCGAACGUCUGUACAAAGACUUGGGAAAGUCUGUACCCCCCAAGGUUAGCCUGCUCCAUGCUGUUCCUCCAAUGGGUCGAAGGCGCAAAACCAGCAAACAGAAACUGAAAGCUGGGAAACUGCUGAAUCCGAUGGUGCAACAACUCAGAAAUAAUCCCAACAGCACCAGUGUGGAGAGGAAAGGAGAAAGUGCUACCAGUUCAUCCAGCUCUCCAGCUAAAAGUUCACUUUUGUCAGAUGGCUCUGCCUACUCCAGCUGCAGCUCCUCCUCCAACAGCCAGCCCAGCAGAGUCCAGGAGCAGGUUCACACACAGCAACCCUGUUCUUUGAAAGGCUCUUUCUCAUCAGACAACAUCUAUGCUGGAAGACAUAGGGACGGGAUGGCCAACCAAGCUGAUCCUGGCCAAGGCUGGACGGUUUACCACCAAACGUCAGAGAGAGUCACCUAUAAAUCUAGUAGCAAACCACGCACUAGAUUCCUCAGUGGACCUGUGUCUCUGUCCAUCUGGUCCACUCUGAAACGACUAUGUCUAGGCAAAGAGCGCAGUAGUAGGUCCCCUCUCAACACUACCACGACACAGACCACCUCAAGUCAAAUGCAGCCUUCGCUCACCACGGCGGCACAGUCGACCUCUCCUCAGCCAUUCACGAGGCUCGCUCAGGUCCAGACCAACAACAGCAACAACAAGAGAGGCACUUUUACAGAGGACCUUCAUAAACUGGUGGAUGACUGGACGAAGGAGACUCUAGCAGCAGCCAAUCAGCCACGAACUACCCUAAACAGGAUGAGACGGCAGACCCGCCAGCAGGCCACAGAGUGCAGACCUACACAGAUGGGUGCAGUUGCAUGUGAGAUGAAAUGCCAUGUUGUUCCCAACAACUUGCGGCUACCUCUCUCAUGCCCAAAGACCGCCGUUUUAGGCCCUAACAUGCCUGCAAAUCUAGGACUAAACUCAUCCACAGUGCAUCCUCCUGGCUACCUUGUGCAAUCAGGCUCCUUUGGUGUGAUGGCUCCCACUCCUCUUUAUUCGCAGCAGUGGCCUGGCAUGCCUAGUCCUGUAGCGUCUGUGGUUCCUGUAGGAUUGCUUGGUGCUCCAAGAGCGAUUCACUACGCCACAUUGUCAAACCCAGGGAUCCAACCGUACUCUUUUGUUGUGCACAACCCUGAGAAUGGGCCUUUCCCGAAAACCACAAGGACUUCCCGAUCCUCUAAUUAAUGUGUUGGUGUGCGCUCAGGACAGACUGAUUUCGCUCUGCUUUGUGCACCAGAGCCACACAUGUGCAUAGUUUUAUCCUGUAAAUAACACGCUAUGGUGUUGCUAUUCUUUAUGCAACACAUCUAUGUGUCGUAAAUUGUGUAUUUGUAUGUGUGUAUAUGAUACAGUAUGUGUUAAGUCUGAAUACUUACUGCUUUUUGGCUUUGUUCUUAGCUAAACUCAGCCAUAUAAGACAUUUUAUCUGCACUCACGGUAACUGACUUCACUCUGUUCUCCAUCACAUUUGCCUUUCUGUUGAAACACUACAUUGGAAUCCAAAUACUAGUGGCUUAUGAUUCAGUGAGAUGACAGUAUUUUGAACAAAUUAACUGUUUUGCAGGAAUGUAGUGCCUUGAACAUUUAUUUAUGUAUAUAUUUUCUUUAAACAAAGCAUUUCUGCAUCCAAGUUAUUUUAUUUAAAAUGGUAGCUUGAGUGUGUUUUUUGGUUUACAUACAAAUGCCCUUAUUGUACUGCACUAAUAACACAGUAUAUAAUCUUAUUUUGAAAAAUACAAAUAUGGUUUGACCUGAUUUACCUAUCACCCCAUUGAUAAAUGGAAUGCCAUAGCAGAGAUAUGAUCUGAUGCCUUCAGAAACAAAUGACCAAUGUAUGAAUGAUGAGGUUAGGUUAGGGGAAAGGGUAGAAGCCAGCGUCCAAAUAAACUUAAUCCACUUAAUUCAGGUCAAAUGGUUCAGCUGGGCAAAGCCUCUUUAUUUAUUUUUCGAUUGGAGAACCAACUCAUUGGACAGCACGAGAGCGUCCACUGCUGCAGAGGAAAGCCAGUGUCCAGAGCCAUAUAAUUCUGUACAUAAGUCUUUCUACAGUAGAUGUCUCUGGUAGUUUUGUGAAUCAGAAUGUAGCAAAUAAUGUGAAUUUCUUUUUCUUUUUUUGAGGCUCAAAAGUGCAAUUGAACCCCUUUCCACAAAGCUUUGAUCAUAGCCUUGCCACAAGCCUUACCUUUAAUGUGUGCAAGAGGAGCAAGCUGAACUGAAAGGUUGAACAAAAUUACAAUUCACCAAACCACAGACGUUGCCAAACACAAGAAUUGAUAUUACAAACUACCCAGUAAACAGUUUAUCACAGCUUAUUGUUCUUUCAACUUACCUAGUACUCAACAUACACUGUAUGUAGAAUACUUUGUGCAGUCACCAAUUUAAUCUGAGGUCUUAGUUGUUGUUUUUUUUCCUUUUUUGAUGCUGCUAUUUAUCAAAGUGAUUUUGCUGUACAGUUAAGCAUUUAUUGUUUGAUGGUACAAAGCAGAUGCUCAUAAAGCAGUGUUAUAGCCUUGUUAAAGGACUGGUGUGUUUAUUUUUGAUGACAGACAAUUUUAUUUUGUCUUUUUGCAUUUAUUUUCAGUGACAUAUUGCAACAUUUAACUGAAACUUGAUGUCAGAGAUUUGCACAACAUAUGGUCUCCUUCUAUCCUUCUACGUGAGGAGUUCCUACACUGUAUAUAUUUGGUGGGGUUUCAUCACUGACGAGCAUGGCCAAUAUUUCAUCUUUCCACAAAACGUAGAAACGGUACAGAUAUAAGGUUAGAAAUAUGACAUCUGCACAACCCCAGUUCUGCCAAAGCUGUGAAUCGUAAAGUUUUCUUCUUGUAGCUCGUAUUUGUACAUUUUAUUUUGACUCUUAAAAGUGGCGGGAGGGAGGGUUGCUUUAAUGUAUAUUAACUCCAUCAAUUCGGUUUGAAUUGGAUUUUUCUAAGAUAUUAUGCAGAGUCUUCUGCUUUGGUGAAAUAUUUCCAAUAGUAAGAGAUUUCUGUUCUCUGUCACGUGUAUCUUGUAUGUUCUACUUUUCCUAGCUGCUAACUCAUGGAGAGCAUGGGAGGAGGCAACCAAUAUCGGUAUAUACGAUAAACUGGGAUAGUUGAACGUGCACAGAGGAGAAGGAGCAUCCUGACACUUUUUUCUUGGCACAUCUCUCUUGUCUGGGAGAAACUGCUCCUCAAGAUUAUGCUCCAGUUGUGAUUGGCCUGUGUUUGAACUGUGUGAGAUUGCUUUGCCUGCUGUAUGUCCCAUUGCAUUACCCCACCCUGUCCUGAUGCACUCUUAUCACAGACUGUAUGUUGAGAGAGAAAUAAAUAUUUUGUGCUUGAUUAA